AUGCAGAGCAACCAACCCCACCCCGCCACUCCCGGCGGCGCCACCUCAAUCUCAGAAGCCUUCCUACCCAAACACGGCAAAAAACGCGGAAGCUAUAACUGUGGCCGUUGUGGCCUUCCCAAAAAAGGCCACUCAUGUCACUUUCCGACUACCUCCACCACCAUUACCUCACCCACCGAUUCCACCUCCGCUGUCAUAGCUUCCCCUUUAUCUGCCGUCCGUCCUCCUCCGCCUACCCCAUGUCAGCCUUACUCUCAUCUCCGACGAGCUCUUUCGUUCGAUGACAUCGAUGUUGCUGACUCGGUGGACUCUGACGAUGAAGAGCCGGAAACGGAAUGGGAUCUGGAUUCUGGUGGGUUGCCAGCGAGUUGUUUGUGGGAGGUGCUGAGGAGGUUAACGCCGCCGGAGUUGUUGUCGGUGGCAACGGUGUGUAAAGGGUGGAGGGACACGGCGAGGAGGCUCUGGCGUGCGGCCGAGGAGCUGAGACUUAGAGUUCCGGUGAAGGCUCAGGUUGGAUUUGUCGGAUCGGUGCUGCAGAAGUGUCCCGGACUCAUUAGACUCUCCCUUAGAAUGGAAAGUGACGUGGAUGCAACGAUGCUGGCCUGCAUUGCAUUCUCGUGUCCUAGUCUUGAAUCGAUGGAGAUAUUCACAUCUAAUACCUCAAUCAACCGGAUUACUGGGGAUGAAUUAGGUCGUUUUGUUGCUGAUAAGCGAUGUCUUACCAGUCUCAAGAUGGAAGGAUGCUCUAACCUUGGGGGUUUUAGUCUCUGUUCGUCGAGUCUUUCUAUCCUUUGGCUUUCAGAUCUUCACUCCCUCUCUAAGAUGGUUUUCAACUGCCCCAAUUUGAAGGAGAUUUCUUUGGAUUUCACUCGCCUAGAGAAUGAUAGUACUGAUCUUAGAACCAUGGUGGAUGGUUUCGGAAGGAGCUGCCCAAGAUUGCAAAACAUACACAUAGCUUCAGUUCGUCUUUCUAACGCUGUUGUGCUUGCUCUUACAGCUGCUAAUUUGAGGGGCUUGCGAAUGCUUUCUCUUGUGCUCGGAUCAGAAAUAACUGAUGCAUCUGUUGCAGCAAUUGCUUCAAGCUACUCAACCCUAGAAUUGCUUGAUCUUAGUGGGUCUAGUAUCAGUGACAGUGGAAUUGGAAUGAUCUGCAAUGUAUUCCCUGACACGCUUUCAAGAUUCCUCCUUGCCCUCUGCCCCAAUAUCACUUCAAGUGGCAUUCAAUUUGCUGCUGCUCAAUUGCCUCUUUUGGAACUCAUGGACUGUGGGAUGGCCAUAUGUGAUCCCAAUCCAAAAAGUCCAGCCUCUGAAGAGAGCAGUGACUGCGAAUUACAGGGAACACCCAAUAGCAAAUUACUCAUAUACCAGAAGCUGAUUAUCAAACAUAGCCGGUUGAAGAAACUAAGCUUGUGGGGUUGUUCUGGCCUAGAUGCUUUAUAUUUGAACUGCCCAGAACUCAGUGAUUUGAAUCUAAACUCUUGCAGAAAUUUGCAUCCAGAGAGAUUGCUACUUCAGUGCCCCAAUUUGGAAAGCAUACAUGCAUCAGGUUGCCAAGAUAUGUUGGUUGAAACCAUUCAAAAUCAGGUCUGCAGUGAUUUUGCAGCUAUAGAAAGCCAUUUUUCUUGCAAACGUUUGGCUGAUGGCUCGAAGAGAGUUCAAGUCCCACAUUUUCUCAACCCACAGCUUUAUGACGAUGAUAAGAAGGGAAGGAAGGUUCGAAAACGGCGUUGUACUGUGCUUGUGAACUGAUCAAACGCGUCUUUCUGGACAUUGUUGUUGUUACUCUAGACCUUUUACAAAUUUCUUGUUUUUAUUCUUGUCAAAUCAGAAGGGCACUUGGCUGAGGGGGUCCAAAUGGCUGGUAAUUUCUUACGUGGUGUUACGGGCUGAUGUGCUUAAACAUAUACCUUCAUUUAUUCUCUAUCAAUACAGGGGAAGUGAAAACAUUUGAUGAACAACUUAUCAGUCUAUUGCCUUCCUCUUCUUUAAAAUAAAUUAUCUUCCCGUAAUUUAAUUUAGUGUUACUCCGCUGGUUAUUUUAUGAUUGGUGGAUUGUAAAUUGCACUUGGGAGGAUCUUUGUAUCAGUAGG